AUGGAGAAGGCAGCCGUUUCCAACGAUGGACUUGUGAUCCCUCUGAUCGACCUGAGCAAGUUUCUGCACGGCACCGAGGCCGACCGCGUGGCCACGGCCAAGGCCAUCCUGAACGGCUUCCAGUCAGCCGGCUUCAUCUACCUGAAGAACACGCCGAUCACGCCAGAGGCGCAAAAGGCUGCCUUUGCCGCCUCGGCGCGCUUCUUUGCGCUGCCGACCGAGAAGAAGGACGCGCUCGGCUGGACGACGCCGGAGGCGAACCGCGGCUACACGGCGACGGGGCGCGAAAAGGUCAGCGACCUCCACGACCGCGCCGAGGUCGCCAAGCUCAAGGCGGCCGUGCCCGACCUCAAGGAGAGCAUCGAGAUCGGCCGCGAGGACGAGGACGGCUGCCCGAACCGCUGGCCGGACGAGACCGAUCCGGCCACGCGUCCGCUCGUCGCCGGCUUCCGCCACACCAUGAACGACUUCCACGCCCAGUGCAAGGCCGUGCACGAGGAGGUCAUGCGCGCCAUCGCCGUCGGCAUGGGCCUGCCGGCCACCUUUUUCGACGCCUUUGUCGACGUCGGCGACAACACCCUCCGCCUGCUGCACUACCCCGCCGUCAGCCACGAGGUCUUUGCUCGCAACCCCGGCCAGGUCCGCGCCGGCGAGCACUCCGACUACGGCUCCAUCACCCUGCUCUUCCAGGACAGCCGCGGCGGCCUGCAGGUGCGCAGCCCCAACGGCAAUUUUGUCGACGCCACCCCGAUCGAGAACACGAUCGUGGUCAACGCCGGCGACCUGCUCGCCCGCUGGAGCAACGACACCAUCAAGAGCACCAUCCACCGCGUCGUCGAGCCGCCCACGAGCGACACCGUCCACCCCGCCCGCUAUAGCAUCGCCUACUUCUGCAACCCCAACUUCAAGAGCUUCAUCGAGGUCCUGCCCGGCACCUUUGGCACCGAGGCCGAGAAGAAGUACGAGCCCGUCACCACCGGCAACUACAUCAUCCAGCGACUCGCUGCCACGUACUAG